GACAAGGAGAAAGAGCGAGAGAGAGAGGAAGGGGGAAGGUGUAGGAGGAGACUUGACUGGCUUCAUAGGGGAAUAGGAGCCAGAGAGCAAUUCCAAAACAGCUGUCCGGCAGACGUCCCAGUCGUCAGAAGUGCAGCCCGAGGCAGAGUCAGGAGGCAGGGCAGUGUCAACAAACCACAGGAGCAGCACAGCAGCCACUCAACACACACAUAAAUGUGGGGCUGCAGCAUUUGGUAGAACACCAGUGGUACCCGUGAAGGAAUCGAGAUUGAGAAUCCCCAUCGGAACAUCUGAAGUGAGUACAAGUGCCCAUUGGACCUUUCUACACCAGCAGACGUGUCUCAUUUGGAUUCCUGUUUCCCGAUAGAUGCUGCAACUGCUGCAAUUAUUUUUGGAGUCCUGUUUGACCAGCGUGUUUCUGAGGAUGUAACUCUAGCUUCGCCCCUGAGGAACUGUAACAUCCAGAGCUUAAAGAGCACAUCCAACUUGUCCAUCCAGCAUUUAUCUGAGCUCUUCAUCACAGAAACAGCCAUGCCAGCAAAAGCACCCAUAUACCUGAAACCAACCAAUAACAAAAAGGGGAAAAAAUGUCGUCUCAGAGACAUGUUGUCCCCAGAUAUGAUCAGUCCACCACUCGGGGACUUUCGUCACACAAUCCACAUUGGCAGGGGUGGGGAGAGGGACGUCUUUGGAGACAUGUCCUUCCUCCAGGGGAAGUUUGAGCUUUUACCAGGGAAGGUGGAUGUCCACCCUCAGUAUGGCAUCCAAGGCGAGUUUCUGCGAGCAAACAGUAUUGGCGAUGCUUCCUUCGCAGAGACUCCCUCUCCUGUACUCAAGAAUGCCAUCUCCCUCCCAACUAUUGGUGGCUGCCAGGCCCUCACCCUUCCACUGAUAUCCUCCACUGUGUUCUCCAUGCCCCCAGAGCCACUGGACAACAUCAUGGGGCCUGCAGCUCCCAUGAAACCGGACUGCUCUGAGGCAGUCGAGAUCCUACAGAUGGAUGCUUUGUUGCGUUCCAUGGAUGUCUUUGGCAACGGGUCGUCAUCUCCUUCCACAGACAUCCAGUCAAAGCCAGAUGUCCUAUUGGAUCUGCUGGAAAACACUGAUAUGUCCACCUCUAAGGCAGUUGCCAAAGCCAAUAAAAUAAAUAAGAGUGAAAGUAUAUUUGAUAAGUCAUCAUCUUAUUAUAUCAACAGCCACAGCAGCAGCAUCUACAAAGCUAACGGAAGUCUGAACAGCACCAUAAGCACUGACAGCUUUGACAGCUUUAGCGGUAAAGGGGACUUUCCAAACAAGAACUGCAAUGGUAAGCCGAGUCUCAGCAGCAACAGCAAUAUUUAUGGACACUUUAACAAUGACAUUAGUCUGGGCUUCAAUCAGGAGCUUCCAAAGUGCAACAGAGAGUGGGUGGAUAGGGACAGUGGUGUGGAGGAGGGUCGCAUCUGUGAUUUUAAUUUUGAGUUUUCCAAGGAGAAGAGCACGUCGCAAGAUUCCCUCACCCAGAUCACGGGGUCAUUCCUCUCCCUCGAACUUGAUCUGGGCCCAUCCAUCCUAGAUGAUGUGCUCAACAUAAUGGAUAACCCCGCAGCAAAGAGCAGGCCUUGAGCUGUGGUGAGGUCCUAAAGAAGAAGAGGAAAAAAAAUUUCAAACUAUAGCCACGAGGAGAGAGACUCACAAAGCAAUCAAAAUGGUGUCUGGAUAUAUCAUUAAGAUAAAAAUGAGCUAGAAAAGACUGAGUUGCUUAUGUUUUCAUUGUCAAAACACGUAAAUAUUCUUGCUUCUAUGGAGUGUUGAUUCUUCUAUUUGUUCUUUAUCAUGCUAGCUGCAUGUGUAGGAUGCAUGUGAUAGUGAGUAACAGCUAGAUCACAGCCAUUGUGCCUUUGCUUUUAAUUUACUUUACGUGUUUUACGUUGACUUUCACGGUAUCAUUUUAAGGCUCCUUGCUUUUUUUACGCUGUCAGACUCUCUAUGAACAUUUAGCAUUCUGUGAAUUUAAAUGUGUUUAACAAAGCACUCAUUUGUUUGUCACUUAGGUCAUUUCCCACAUGACUAUUUCAAACAACAGAACACUAUGCAUAUUUGUGUUUUUGAAACUGUAACACAAAUAAAUUAAUGUUGUGCCAUUUUGGCCAAUUCCGUGUGAGACUUGUGUGUACGUACAACAGACGUGAGCGUUAAGUUCAAAAAAUACAUUUACUAGAUAGAUAGAACUCCACGAAAGGCUGGAAAACAAGAAUAAUGCCAGAAAAGUGAAGGCACAAGAGGGAAAGUUCAAACACGAAAGAUACCAAGUAAAGAAAGAGCGACACAUUGGCAGAAAGGACAGAGUAGAUUUAUUUUCUCUCCUCUCACAUUCCUUACAUUCUGCUACGCUGCCCACUGGGAGCACCGGUGGGUCUUCAUCUGCCCAGCCAGGCGCCUGCUCCAUUUGUUUGCAUGUGGACAGGACAGGCAGAGGAGGGGUCUUUGAAAUUCCAUGCAUUCCAGCCAUAGAGCACAAGUGUCCACGACCAGACAUAAAUCAGCUGUUUCAAGAGAAGAGGGAGGGUUUUAGUCCUGGAGCCACACCAUCCAUCAGCUAUAUGUGUGUACAGAGAAAUGAGGCAAUAAAACACAUGCUUACAAACUGCAGGCAAACAUUUGGUCAGUGCUGAACGAUAGAUGAGCCCUCGUCUUCAGUGUAAUGACAAUAAAGACAUGUUGACCCAGCAGUGUAAAAGAAA